AAAAGCAAAUACCGUCCUGAUUUAUUUCACCGUCGGUGUCAUAACAGUGUGUGUUUUAAAAAUGCAGUUAAAGCUAUUGUUAUAUCAUCUCUGUCAUGAAGGGAAUUUUAAGACUGUUACUAUAAUGACAUGUUUAUAAGACUGCAAUACAUCGUGCCUGUGUGUCUGCACUUGACAUAACAGUCUUUGCACAGGGCAGGUUAGGAGUAUUUAUCAGAGGAAAAGUGUUUGGUUUUUUUUCAUGUAGUUUCUGUAGCGCGCAGAUUUGCUGGAGCAGGUCUUUCUGUGUGCUUGUGUGUGGGCAAGUGCAGUGUGGGAGUGAGCGCUGAGUCACGGGUUGAGUCCCUUGAUAUGAGUUUGAGGACGGACACAACUGGCUGCUUCGUCCGUCCGACCGACAGGCUGAGUGUACUCGUUCGAUGUUGUAGGUGCUGAAGAUCUCAGUAGACCAGGCCGAGGUGACGCUGGGAGGACAUCAUGUCCAACAGCUACAAGGGCGACCAGGCCCCUCUAGUUCUGGAGCGCCACUUCUCCACAGUACUCCAUAUAUCUGAGCCCGGUGAUGACCGCUGCCAGCCACAAAGCCCCCCCACGGCCCAAUCUGAAACAGCCACACCCCAGGAAGAUGAGGUAGACAGGAAGGUUGUACCUCAGCUGGUGGUUUUGAGCACCCAGAGUCCUGCCGCGCAGAAGGUUGGCAAGCACCAGCUCAUUCCCAAGAAUUUAGCCAGCCGGCCUAAAAUCCGCCACCACACCACUGUGGUGACGUUCCCAGUGGGACUGGAGAACGCCAGCAGUGUGACCCGCAGCCGCCACUCAACCCAGGGGCCAGAUGUGUCCUGGGAGGAUUAUGACAGUGAUGGAGAAGGCUUCGCUCUGAGGAGGAACCGCAGGAACAAGUCAUACAGAGCGGCGGUGACCAGCCUGGACAUUGAAGCCAUGGCGUCGAGACAAGGGGCCGCAGCCACGCUGAAACCUGUCAGAGAGGACAGAGCAGUCAGUCCUGGUGCAGGUCGCAGCCCUGGACGCAAGCGCACCCUGGGGAGAAAGAGGAACCAGAAUCAUCGUGGGUCCUUCAAAGAUGCUACUCCGCGCCUCUACCAGGAGAUCCGUGAGCGAGGGCUGCACUCCACCAACCAGGACGAGCUGCUGGACGACUUUGUGGUGGUGGAGGCUCCCGUGGCGGUGGAGGACCAGGGCAUCGUGGUGAAGAGCUACCGGCCGGCACAGCUCACUUGGAGCCAGCUACCACAGGUGAGGGACACGGGUAUCCUGACAUUGAUCUCACCUCAGGAGAGAAAGAGACAAGAGGCCAUUUUUGAGAUCAUCACAUCAGAACAUUCGUACCAGCACAGCCUGGGCAUCCUGGUGCGUCACUUCAAGAGUAGCGAAGCUCUGAAGAAAACAAUGACAGCCACAGAGUACCAUCACCUCUUCUCCAACAUCUCUGUCAUUCAGGAGGUCAGCAAAAGGUUUUUCGAGGACCUUGAACGGCGUCACUAUGACAACCCAGUGAUCCGGGACAUUAGCGAUAUUGUUCAGAACCACGCAGCCCACCACUUUGAGCCCUACAUCGUCUACUGCUCCAAUGAGACAUUUCAGCAGAGGACGCUGCAGAAGCUGCUGACCAGUAACACUGCGUUCAAAGAGGCCCUGAAGCAGAUCGAGGGGAGCAGUGACUGUGGAGGCCUGCCCAUGAUCUCUUUCCUGAUCCUUCCCAUGCAGAGAGUCACCAGACUCCCACUGCUGCUGGAUACCAUCUGCCAGAAAACUCCAGAUAAGACAGCGGAGUACUUUGCUGCUGUUUGGUCACUGCACGCCAUCAGCAAGUUGGUCUCUAGCUGCAAUGAUGGUGCUCAGCGGAUGGAGAGGACGGAGCAGAUGUACACCAUCCAGAAACAGAUGGAUUUUGGUAAAAUCAAGCCAUUUCCUCUGGUGUCGUCAUCGCGGUGGCUGAAGAAGCGCGGUGAGCUGGCCUUCAGCACCGAAGAGCUCAGCAUCUGGAGGGCUUUCAGCAGCAGGAGCUACUACCUGUUUGUCUUCAACGACGUACUGAUCGUCACCAAGAAGAAGAGUGAGGAGAGCUUUGUGGUGAUGGACUACGCCACUCUGGAGAAUGUGGAGGUGGAGGUCGUGGAGGAUGCAGAAGGACGAGUGUCUUCGCCUGGCAAGAACAGCUACUAUCUUUCCUUCAAGCUGCAGAUGAGCAAGAACAGUGAGGGCAAAGCGGAGCACAUCUGCCUGGUGGCCGAGUCCAGGGAUGACCGGGCACGCUGGAUAGUUGCUCUUACUGAACACAAGCAGGAUGGAGUCUUUACUUGUCGAGAUGGUCUUCCACAGUGUGAGGCCACCAAAGCCUACAUGCCGAAAGAGCCAGAUGAGUUGGGGCUGCAACAGGCUGAGCUUGUCAUCGUGCUGCAGAAAGAGGAAGCAUGGAGCUACGGGGAGAGAAUGCGAGAUGGAGAGAGAGGCUGGUUUCCUGCCACCUGUGCCACAGAGAUCACCAACCCAACGGCCAUCGAGAACAAUGUGCAACGCAUGAAGCGGCUGCGCAAAGAGACCAACGUUUGAGCGACUCUCGGAAUGUACAGUGGACAAAAUAACAAAAACCCCUUCCGGUAAAUUGGUGACACUGCAUUGCUUGCGUAUCAUACUGAACACAGUGGUCCAGACGUCCGUCAACAACACACUGAUCUAAGUGGUCUAAGGUGUAUACAAUGUGACCAUGAGGUACCUGGGUUGGAUCCAGCCAGUGUCCAUGGUUUAUGUUACUCUCUGUCAUUCUGUCCAAACCAAUUUUAAAACAUCAAGUUAUAUCUCCAUCAAAAAUGUUUUAUUGCAGAGCUAUUGUAUAUAUGUGCUUUUGUCCACUUUCUAUAUGUGUAGCCAAUAAAGAAUGGAGAUUUGCUAUAGCAGGACUUACUGGUCAACAGUGGCAGAUAACUCUACUCGUACAGCACUAUCCUGGUGCUGUACAUGUACAGUGCAUCCGGAAAGUAUUCACAGCGCUUCACUUUUUCCACAUUUUGUUAUGUUACAGCC